AGAGUGAGAGAUGUGCAGUACGUGUUCCAUAGGGAAGGAGAAGAACUGUGGAGAAGCAUUAAUGGAGGUUUCAAACUGAUAUUUAGAGAGAGAGGUAACACCUAUAAUUGAAGAAUUUUGGCGAAAAUGAUGACAGGUUUAGUCCACGAUCAAAAUCUGGAAAAGCAGAUAGAGAAGCAGAUGGGAUGCAUGGCUGGAUUCCUUCAGCUGUUCGAUCGUCACCAGAUUCUCUCCGGAAAACGCUUCUAUUCUAACAAACGCCUCACUCCAUCUCCGGCAGUUGAUUCUACGUCCCAGUCGGAGAAAUCAGUCGGAUCUUCGCCGUCCUCAAGAGAAGUACAGCAGCAGCCACACCGACAAGAAUUACCGCAGGCGCAAACCUCGCCGGAAUGUACGAAACCAACGCCCGGGAUAUGCUCUCCGGUGCCGGAACAGUCAAUUUCGGUGGAAAGUCAGGCCAGAACGCCACUUCCUUUUCAGGUUUUCGAAUACAAGGAAGGCUCGAGGUCAUCUUGGAAGUUUAAAGACGCACCGAGGCUGUCUUUGGAUAGCAGAGCAAGCUUUGAUGGAAAAGGAAGUCUCCGGCCCAGAGAGAUCCGAACGAACGCGGCAAUUCUCUCGGCUACUCGAUGUGAUAGCUCUUCCGAAGCGACUUUAUCGGAGGAUAAUGAGAAGCAGCUUCGUUCGCCUAGCGUCAUUGCCCGGCUUAUGGGGCUCGAAGCUCUCCCUGACUCAGCUGGCGAAGCUCCAAACAAAGCCGAGUUACGGAGGUCUGCAUCGGAGUCUAGGGUCUCUAGAGAUCUGCUUCAGUUUCGAUUCGUUGACGGGAACAAUUUUCAGCAGAAGCAGACUUUCCAUCCAAAUUCUGGAAGCAACGUUUCAAACAAUGCCAAAAGAGACAAUGCAGCUUCAGAAGGUAAUAAAUCGAAGGUCCAGAAACCGGAUUCUAAUGAAUUCUGCAUCAGGAAACCGAAAACCGAGGCACAGAAACCUCAGAAUGGAGGCUUGCUUGAUUCACAAUGGAAGUCGCAGCAGCAACGUAAGAGCUAUUUUGAUUCGCAGGAUUUCUUUCCGGAGCCAAAGCAGAGGGGCUCACUUUAUGGAGAGAUCGAGAAGCGGUUGAAGAUGAGGGGAAUCGAUGAACCAGAAAAGGAUCUGGAGACAUUGAAGCAGAUCCUCGAAGCUCUGCAACUGAAAGGGCUUCUGCACUCUAAAAGACCGAUGGAACAGAUCGGGAACCGAAAUUUCGUCAACCGUCAGAGAUUUUACGGUGAAGAAUCCCCUGUAGUCGUCAUGAAGCCUUCCCACUCGCCGGUUUCAAUCAACAAGGUUGGAAGAACAGGAACAGAGUCUCCUCCUUCGAGUUUCAGAUCCAGAGCUGGAGUUCGCCGGAAUCUAAAUCUAGCUGGUGAGACAUUGCCACCAGUAAUCCCGAGGCGCGACCGGCCUGAAAUCGAUAGAAAUUUGCAGAGAGCAAGAAAUUCAAGGUCCCCUGACCGGAACGACAGCGGAGUGAAAAGUCCAAGUUCUCUUGCCAAACGAAGACCAUUGAGCAUUCAGACCCAGAGGAGAGGAGAUGAUUCUGUGGAGCAGAGAAGAAGCUCUCCCGUGCAUUCACCAAAGAUUAGCGCAAAGAAGGUUGGAUCUGAGCACGCGACAAGCAGAUCACCAAGGAACAGGAAACCAGUGCCCGAGGUUUCACCGAAAGAAAGAAUUUCAAAGCCAGUGGAGUAUGAAUCAUCCGCAAUUUCUGAGUGCAGCAUCAGUACAUCUUCUCAAGUCGACAUGGAGUUGCAGAUACCGAAAAUGGAGGAAUACAAGGAAGGGAGGACCUUGUUGGAGAGGUGCGAUAAGCUGCUCCAUAACAUAUCUGAGAUGACAGGCACUGAGUUGCAGCCAAGUCCCGUUUCAGUACUAGACUCGUCUUUUUACAAGGACGAUUCCCCCUCACCCAUCAUGAAACGAUGCAUAGACUUCAAAGAUGAAUCGGUAGCAGUGGAAGAAGAGAACUGGAGCCUAGUAAUCUCCCCUGUUCGAUUGAAACGGGAAGAAGAGAGAUUAGAUGAAGACAGUGAUUUUCUGUAUGUGUCGGAGAUCUUACGAGCUUCCAAAUGCCUUCCAGAAGACACUGACGUAUUCUUGUUACUGGAGAAGCAACGCUACAAGUCGAAGAGUUCAUCUAGAGAAUCCAUGCUUCACCGGAAGCUAGUGUUCGACACGAUUAGUGAAAUCCUAGACAGCAAGAAGCAGUUGCCGCCAUGGGAGGCGGUGGAACAGCCAACAUUGAAGCAGAUAUGGUCGGAAUUCAAGAGAGUAAGAGAGAGGGACCCAGCAGUAGAAGACCUGUUCGAGAUCAUCUGUGGAAUGCUCCGGAAAGACAUGGCCGUGGAUACCAUCAACGGUUGGGAAGCUUGCCACGUGGAGAUAUCUGAGGAAGUUCUAAGCAUCGAACGGUCUAUAUUUAAAGAUCUAGUUGCCGAGACGAUCCGAGACCUCGCUGCCUUGACCGGGAAAAACAGAGCACCGUUGCCUCGAAGGAAGUUGGUUUUUUGAAAAAGGAUU